GGAGCGUAGAGGAGUGUCUAGUAUUCCCCUAUCAUAAAGCCCUGAUUCUAACCCGUUUAUCACGAGAUAUAAGUGAGCAAGAGUACGUCGACACCCUCUUUCCAACAUUCCAACAUUCACUCGAGGACGUCCAUAGCAAGAAUACGUCGUGUAUCAAGAUCAACCUAUUCACCUUCCCACCAUCUGACUUUUAUUCUGAUGGCGGGUAGCGUUAGCGCGACUGACGUCAAUAACCACGAACCUGAGCUCCCGGACUUCGGGCUACUGGUCCUCCCACACCAAUCCUAUCACUCCAUCCUCCCUUGUCCACCGCCACUUCCCAUUUUGACCGGAGACGAGCUCGCCAAUCACCCUUGGGACGAAGACGAGAUGACCCAACACGGGCUCACCAUCAUUCCGGGAAAAUAUGGAACAUAUACAUACCAAGCGCAUAUAUUCGACAUCCGCCUACGCCGCUGGUACACGGUCAUCUCACCCUCGUACCCGGACAAGACCAGCGACGGGAGGCAUGCUGAAGAACUUGACAGUAUCUGCGAGCACACGUACUGGGUGGAUGUGCUGCAGCGCACCGGCCACCGAGCCCGCGAUGACUUCAACAUAGCGGUGGUCAAACACACUUGCGCUUCUGGCGGCUAUGGCGCACCGGAAGCCGGGGAGUGUAUUUGCGCCAAAUCCCCCAUCACAUACAUGGGAUCACCAGACGCAAUAGGCUGCCCAAUUUAUGGGCUUCGAUCUCGAUCCGCGAUACCCGUCUGCGCUAACUCCAAGUCGAACUCAAGCCCGAGCUCCAUACCGGACCUCCAGUUCAUCGGGAUCGACGACAUCACCAACAGGCGAUACUUGGCUCAAGCAUCCGAGCUGUGCACUUGGCCUUCCUCUCUGAACAGGUCCGCGUGUCCAAGACUCGAGUCGGAAGAUGUAGACCUCGUAUUCAAGCAAAUCAUGCUCACCCCGCUCGAGGCCGAUUGGCUCUACCGCGAGAUGUCACUCCUGCGCCACCUAUAUCUCGCUUCCCACUCCGUCUCGCCGUUGGAGAAGCGGCGUACGCACUAUCCCUUCCUGCCUCUCAUAGCAUGCGUCGUCGACUCGCAGGACCUCGUGCGCGGCUUCCUCACUCCAUACGGCGGCAAGCCUCUCCACGACCUCCCCAAGAACUCGAUCAAGGCCGCGUUUUUCGUGAGCGUUCUCCGUGGGGUCCUCACACUGCAUCAGAUCCCAGACCGAAUGAUACGCAAGAUGUACCGAGCGUCGAUGCCCGACGACUUUCCAGAGACGACCAAAGGCGAGCCAGACAUGGUCCAACAUGGCGACAUCUGCGCCCGCAAUGUCCUCUUCGACGCGUCCACGGGCGACGUGUGGCUCAUCGAUGCGGGGAAUAUGGGGAUAGACUACCCUGGUGACCGUUUGGCACUGGCGGAGAUGAUUCGGACGCUAAGGGAGGCGCCUGGGGCGAGCUCUGAACAAGAGGGGCAGCUUAUGGAUGAGAUGGCGGAAAUGUUGAGGGGUGGAGUGUCGUUCGAGGAGAUUGUGAGGGUGUUUGAGGGGAAUUUGAGUAGUGGAUAG